UUCUAAGAGAUAGAGAAGUAGCUACCUACCGUCCCUCUUGCAAACUUCUUUAUCUCCCAUCGUAAAGCAUUCAUAGUGCUUGAAGACCCCCCCGGUCAAUUUUAGUGACCCAAUCUAGUGAUGAUUAGCCACUAGCGUAGCAGGUUGUCGUUUUUGCUUGAAGGCAAGGAACCCCCCAAGUCAUGGAUGUGGGUCAAAGGCUUCGCGCCAUCUUGGAAUCUUGAAUAUAUCGAUGAUCAUCUCCCGAUAAAAAAAAUUUCAAAAAUUGAAGGGAACCACCAAAACUCGGUCUAAUCCACUCAUUUUAAGUCCCGAAGGCAUAGCGUUACCUACCUCCUGGGUAGGUAUAUACAUACAUUCGUUUUCCGACCCAAUUCCUAUUAUUUUAGUUAAUUUGCCGAACCCUUCAUUUACAAUUCCACUUCUCUAGGAAUCAGGGAUUGUCCUAGGAGCAUUCAGAUCUAGACCACUUCAUUGUGUGUAUAUUGAUCUGUCACAGCAGCGUACUUGACGGUAGCUUCAUCAUUCGUUAUUCGUCUUUUCAGCUUAUGACAAUUUCGGCUGCAGCGCAUAAUUAUUACAUCCCCUUCAUUCGUGUUCAAUAUAUAUACCUUAGGUACCUAAGGUAUAUAUAUUCUUUCUGGUCCCAUUCGACAAGAUACCUCUGGAUAGCUAUAUUCUCUUCAACAUGCCUUAUACAAACAACCAAAAUGAGUUCGACGAGAAGGGUUCUCCUACCCUGACGCAUGCCCCAACCGUCUCAGAUACGGCUGAUCAACCAGACAAGUACAACGAGAAGUUUCCCUCGGAACGACAAGACCAUCUACAAGUUCCCGCCGAACCAAGUAGGAUGCCAACAGAUCAUUUAUAUAUGUCAGAUACUGAAUCUAGGGACCAAGCUACUCGACUAGGUGACGACCUCACGCUCCUUCAGGCGGAGCAGACUGUUAACCAUCAGGAAUCGACCGAUCUUCGCCGCGCUUACUCAAAACCUCGUAGUCAUGAACCCGAGGGAGAGGAUGUGUUUAACCAAUCCGCCCAAACUUCUCCUCUGCUACCCGAGCAUCCUAAUCACCUUAACAAAGUCUUCAAGGGGAUUAAGGGCUUACCUCGCAUACUUCGAUAUUUCUUGUACAGCUUACCCAAUGCGAUUAUUUUACUAAUCCCCAUAUUACUCGGGAGGUUCACGCCAAAGGACCAGCAGGCUGUCAUUGGAGGGCCAGGAGGUGUCGACUUGAUGUGGUUUGGCAUUUGGCUCGAGGUCGUUUGGCUAUCCCUUUGGGCGGCGAGGAUAGUUACCUCCAUUCUACCGUUUGCCGUGGGCAUCGUGGCUAAGAUCCUAGGCUCAGGAUACUCUAAGAAAUGGAGGGAGGUGGCCCGUCAACUGGAAUUGCAUACCGCGCUGUUCCUCUGGAUGCUUGCCGUACUGAUCUCGCACUAUCCAAUCCUCAACAACCACAAGGUCAAAGCUAAGGUGCCCGAAGAGGCUGACACAGAAUAUCCAUUUAUCAACUGGAUCGAUGUUGUCUACAAGGUUAUCGUCGCAUUGUUUGUCAUGGCAAUUUUGAAUUGGGUUGAGAAGAUCGUCAUACAAUGGAUUGCAGAAUCUUUUCAUCGACGAACAUACUCGUCGCGAAUUGAGACGAAUAAGCAAUGUAUCGCAUAUUUGGUUCACUUGUACGAGUAUUCCAAGGAUAAACUGGUUUCGGAAGCAUCUGUUAUGGAUAACCAGGGCUCAGGCUCCGGCGCAAGAACCCCCUUGGCUAUGUUUUCUAACAAUGCUCGAGAUACCAUCGCAAAAGUCGGCGAUAUUGCCAACCGUGUGGCAGGUGAUUUUACUGGACGUGAAGUCAAGCUCAGAAAUCACCCGCGGAAGGUUGUAUCCGAACUGCUCCGUAACAGCAAUUCCGCUCAAGUCCUAGCUAGGCGUCUCUUCCGCACGUUCGCCAAACCCGGUGCCGACGUCUUAACACCGCAAGAUUUGAACCCAGCUUUUCCUACUAUGGACGAUGCAGAGGCCGCCUUUUCAGUGUUUGACCGUGAUUUGAACGGAGACGUGUCAAUGGACGAACUUGAAAUAUUCUGCGACGAGGUUCAUAGAGAGAAAAAGGCCAUCGCCGCUUCCCUCAAGGACUUGGAUUCCGUUAUUACAAAACUGGACCGAGUUUUCUUUUUCAUCAUCUUCAUUAUUGCCGUGAUCGUUUUCAUUUCGAUUAUUUCUGCUUCGACAGCAGCAGCUCUGGCCUCUGCCGGUACCGCCGUUCUGGGUCUUGCAUGGGUACUACAAGCUACAGCCCAGGAGUUUCUGCAGUCCAUCAUUUUCGUUUUCGUCAAGCAUCCGUUUGACGUUGGCGACCGAGUUACCAUAUAUGGCAACACUGGAUCAUUAAUGAGGGGCGAUGACUACUAUGUGACGGAAAUAUCCUUGCUCUACACCGAGUUCAAGAAGAUGCAAGGCCAUAUUGUCCAGGCACCUAACUCCCUACUUAACACGCUAUUCAUUCUCAAUCACCGCCGCAGUGGGACACUGGCUGAUGUGUUCGAGCUUCGAAUGAAAUAUGGUACUCCGUCUAGCGUUAUACAAGAGUUGGAGGCUCGAAUGACGGAAUACGUCCUAGACAACAAGCGCGAUUUUACUAGCAAGGUCCUCACGGAGCUUGUAAGUUUCGAGGACGCAUACUGCAUGACGGUCAACUUUAUCUGCUUCCAUAAGACAAGUUUUCAGAAUGAGUUGACCCGUCUCACCCGGCACAAUAAGUUUGCCAUCGAGUUGAUGAACCAGAUGGUAGCUCUCGGCAUUGAACAGCCCCGUCGGCAGUUCCAAAUUUCUGGACAAGACUGGCCCGUCUUCCAAACUAACAUCCAACCUCCGUCUUACGAGGAGCGUAUGCCUACUGUAAAUCCAGAAAUAUUGACUGCUACUCGUCGACGCGCCAAUUCACACGCCCACGAUACUACGGGUGACAUUUUUCAAGAUGUAUUCGUGGCCCGUAAGCCGAGUAUUUCGGCUGUCAACCACCCCCCACGUAUUAACGAGGAGCUCGCUGAAUCUAGCGGUUCCAUUAUUGGCAGCAACUCGCACCUGGAAAAGCUGCCUUCUAAUGGAAGCGGCGGCCGUAGCAGUCAUCGGAAUAUGUUUGGGCGAACGAUGACGUUGAGGAAGAGUAUCGACCGUUCGGAACGAGAUAGGGAUAUGGUGUGAAGAAGAAAUGGGGGUAAACCUGAAAGAAACAUUUCUUCAACCUUUAAUGACUUUACGGGAAAUAUUAAUAUCUUUUCUUCUGAGCAAUACAUAAAUUGGAGCAAGACAAGGUAUAGACUGGUCGUAUACCCAUUCAGAAUUGGCUACUUAGACAAAGAUGUAGAUAGUUGACUGGGUUAGACAACAGUCUUGUU